UUUUAACUCAAAGUUUGAUCAAUAAAUAGUGUUUUAUUUAAAAUGAAGCCGAAUCAGGAUGAUUUAACCCCAGCCGAGAUCAAUAAACAAAUGUUGGAGAUAAAGAAAAAGAUCCAACUUUCCGAGGGUCAAAGAAAGGCAGCAUUUGAAGACUGUGAAGCUGAACGAAAAUCAAACACUGACGAGAUUCACAAGCUCAAGACUGAAAUCAGAGAAUUGGUGAAAAAAUUGAAAGAAAAAACCCAAUCAACUGCUGCUCUCAUCAAAACUUACAAGAAACUCGAAUCAUUACUUGGGCCAAUCGAUGACAAAAGCACGUCCACAAUUGAACAAUUGCUAGAUUUGCAAAUUAUCGACAAAUCCAAAUGCUUAAACUUGGUCAAUUACAAAAUUAAAAAACGCCAGAAAUUACUAACACAAUUAGGCGAAGAAUUCCAAUUGUUACAAUCGGAGAAAUCUCUGCAACAAGUCGUUGAAAAAGUCGAUAAACCGGCGAAAAAAGCCACAUGUGAACUUCAGAACAGUAUCCACGCUGUUGAGGUCCAACUGAGGGAGGCAAACCACAUUUCCGCCCGUUAUAAAGACGUGAAAAAGUCACUGUUACGCGACUCGGCCCGUUUUGAGAGCAAUAUCAAGCGAAUUGAGGAGGAAUUAGCGUUGCAAAAUAACGACAUUACCGAACUGCAACACGUAAUGAACGAAGCCACGAAAAAACGGAGCACAGCACGUGGACACCUCCUUCGAGAGGAGAAAAUUGCAAUGUCAAGUGCACAUUUUAGAGAUAGACAAACUGUGGAAGGCCAAAGAUUGGUUACGAGGCGAAAACAAGAGUUAGAGUUGCUGGAAAAACGUAUUUUCCAAGUUGUGAAAGUCGCAAGAGUUGAGGAAAUAAUUGAGGAGGAAAAUGAAACAAUGCUCACAACUUUAUCACCACCGGAGGAAGUUUUAACUCGGGCUUUCGAGGUUUUGAAGAAAGCGACAGGGGCCACUAACACCUCGGAGGUUUUACACAAAUUUAACAUGCAAAAAGACACCUUAGAACGGCUUAUUUUGCUACGGAAAAAAUCAGAAAGCGAGAAGAAACAACUCGAGAAGAAUUUGGACGAUUUAAACACGCAAUUGGAGUUUUUCAAGUACGCUGAAGUGAAGGAAACUGAACGCAAGUCGCUUAAAAUGGAACAAAUGCUAAGCCAAAUCGACGAAAUCAAAAACAUAUCACUCAAAACCAACAAUUUGAAACUGGUGAAGGAUAAGACGAUUCAGACGAUUCUCCGAUCUGUUCAAGAGUUACAAGCUUGCAUUAACCCGAUUUCGGUGCCAGAAAGCAACGUUUUGGGCACUUUGAAGUGCAUUAAGUCCGAUUUGGCCAAAAUUAUCCGCAUUGAAAACGAAGAAAACGUCGUUAAACUUGAAGAUAUUGAAGAAAAGUGGUUGCCGGGACCGUACAGUGGCCUAGUACGUAGAACUCCAAUUCCCCAGCCCGGGACUUCCCCGGCUCCUCCUCCACCUCCCACGGGAUCUGAAGACGAGGAGGAGGUCCCGUCCAGGACUUACUUGAAACGUCAAGCCCAAUUAGUCGUCGAUGCGAAGUCACGGCGCAAAAAUAUUCGAAUUCCCGCAAAAAAAUAAAGGAAGUAAAAUUUUUUGUGUAAUAAAUUUGCAAAUAACUAUGUGAAAAUUUUCCGCUGAAAAUAACAGUUAGACGCAAUUACGACAUAAACUGGGCACAAUAAACAAUAAAAAUUCA